GUGAUUAAUUCUUAUUUGAUCAUUUUAUAGUCGCACGCCGUAAGUGCAGCACGCGACGAUGGCAUCCGCUAACACCAUAACAUGGUGGCAAUGGCUCGUCCACACGAAUGACAUCAAGCAGCUGUGGGCGGCCCAGCCGUCCUACCUGAUCUCCCAGGCCGUCUAUCUGAUUGCCGGCGUAGUCACCUUGAUCCACGCUUUCAGAAAGGGUGGCAGAUGGCCAUACUUGUGGCUGGCGACGGUGUUGCACGGACUCUACGCGGACAACUUCUGGCACUUCGUGGUUCCCGAGUACGACAACUUCUGGCACUCGCAGACACCCGUCAUGCUCCUCGGGGCCAGGCAGCCAUUGCAUAUCACCUUGCUGUACCCGGCAUUCAUCUACCACGCCGCGUACGCCGUAUCCAAGCUGAAGCUGCCGGCGUACGCGGAGCCGUUCGCCGUGGGGCUGGUGACCGUGCUCAUCGACAUCCCGUAUGACAUCGUGGCCGUCAAGUUCGUGCACUGGACGUGGCACGACACGGACCCCAACAUCGCCGACCGCCACUACUGGGUGCCGUGGAACUCUUACUAUUUCCACGCCACUUUUGCCGCUAGCCUGGUGUUCUUCUUUCACGUUAUCAGGAAAUGGUUCGCGCCCAAGGUUGCCAAAUGGGACUCUGCUGGUAAGAAGGCAGAAUGGAAGACGCUCCUGAUCGCGGCGCUGCUGGGCAUGCCCGGCGGCGUGCUGCUGUUCCUACCCAUCUACCACCCGCUGCACGACAUGCUGCACAUCCACUCCGAGGUCACCUUCUUCCUGCUCUUCUCCGUCUUCGGCGCCGUCGUGCUGCACGGACUGCUCAGCGACCGGGAAAAGACUAAAGAAAGACUGACGGCAAUCGACUACGUGCUGCUGCUGCAGCUGGCCGUGCACUACCUGAUCUACCUGGCGUUCGUGGUGUUCCUGCACCCCGAGCAGGAGUGGUCGCUGGGGCUGCACGAGCCCGUCGGGCCCUGCGACGAGCUCGCCACGCUCACCACACCCUUCGGCCAGACCCUGCAAAAGCGUAAAUACUUCUGUCCCGACAACUACGACGAGGGUUACUUCGACUUCCACUGCGUGGGCGGCCGAAAGCCGCAACCUGGCGCCCUGUGGUACGUCAUCUGCGGAACGCCGUUCGAGAACCGCGCCGAGUACAUCGCCGUGGUGUCCGCGAUCGUGGCCUUCGCCGCCGCCGUCUUCUACGGUCUCUACUUCAAGACCGCGCAGCCCUCCACUCAGCCGGCCAAGAAGCUCAAGUCCAAAUAAAUACUCUAACUUAUUUUACACAUUAAAAUCUAAGGUUCCA